CUUCCACCGCCGUGCCACACACCCAUCGUGUGGACCACAGGGAGGCUCGGUCCCCCUCCUGACCGCAGUCCUUGCAGAGUGAGUGGUGGGACACUUGAAUUUCCUCUCUGUCUCAGUGAAGCUCUGUCUGCUGGAACAUGAAGCCUUACAAAGCAGCACAGCCUCCGUAGCCCCAUGGGUGCCCCCUUUGUUUCUCGGUGGUGGUUGCCUCGUACCCGGAUGCUAAGGACAUUUUGCAAUGGCUUCCCUGCUCCAGACUGCGAAGGGCCCAGCUCUCUGGUCUGGGAGGGCCGGGCCAGCGUGGGGCCUCGGGGAUCUGACACGCGUGCUCUGCUCGCCUCCUGGCAGCCUCCCAGCGCCCAGGCCGGUGGAGACUGACGGGCAGGGCGGGCUGCCCUGUCCGGACCCCCUGGCAGGAGCGCUGUCUGCUGUGGCUCCUGUGCCGCCCGCAGUUAGCCUGGGAUGGGCCCAGCUGUGACUCCAGUCCAGCUCCCCGGCCACCUUAGCUCCACAUCUUCGAAAGCUCGUCCCCAAAACAGGGUUCCCAGGAAGAGCCCCCCGUGAGGUGUGGGGUGCCCAGCGCCUUUCCUCUGCGGGGCUGCGCUCAGAACUCCGACCGACCGACCGACCAAGGUCACUGUCCUCACAAGCAAAGGAAAACGAGGUUCAUGCCUGAGCUCCUGCCUGCCCACGCAGCCCAGGUGCCAGUUUGGCCGUGUUUUAUGGUUAAAGUGGAAAUCAGGGUGGAGUUCGCGAUGACCUUUGCAGGUUUAGCCUGGAGGAAGGCGGGGAUGGUCCCUCGGCCGGGAUGGAGCCUGUCUCCUCCGGUCUCCAGGCCGGGGCUCCGUGGGGCUGCCCAUGAGGGUGUCGGGCUGCCGUGGUGGCCUCGCCGUGGGCCCGUCCAUCGCACACGCCGCGCCCUCCUGACGGGGGUCUGACUGGGACAGACAAACACCUGGCCGGGUGCCUGGCCGGACUGGAGGUCACGGUGAUGGGGCUGGUCAGAGUCGGUCCUGUCCCGCCUCCUGCGUUCCCAUCAGCCUCUCUGAGGUGGGUGAGGGGCCGGGGCCCCGCUGGUGGGGCUGCCGCUCCCCGGUGAACUCGGCCUUCCGUCCUCUCCGGCCGCUGCCGGGAGCGGUGCCGGGGACCUGGGCAUUGGACUAGGCACGCCAACUGCCCACCCCAGAGGAAUGGCCGUGGGUGAGACCGAGCAGGGAGCCGGGCUCUGCGGGUGGACCGGCCUGGUGUCAGGACCCGGGUCCCCGGUGAGGAGGGUGACGGCUUUGCCAGGAGCUGUGCUGGGCCAGCCCACCUCCGCCCCAUGGUCCCUGCGGAGCCACACCGGCGACUGUCCCAGCACCAGUGUGCGAGGAGCGUGGCCCUCCUGGCCACCUCUGGGGCUCGGCCGGGUGACACACACACACACCCCCCCGCUGCCUCUGAGCCGUCCGUGCGGCACUGCCUGCUGGGCACUGAGUGAGCAGCUGCCGAGCAGCGGUGUGGAUGGAGCCCGCCUGGGCCAGGCCGGGAUGGGGCCUGAUGUGCGCCCUGAGCAGCUCCUCUCCCCUGGCUCGUCCGUCUCAGUCACCGGUGUGACGUCGGACGGUGGCCUGAGCGACGCCAACACUCAGUGGGCGCGCUCCGUGGGUGCUCGGUCAGCUGCCUGUCCUGUGGGCCGUGGCACACAGUCCUGUGGGCCUCCGUUUGGUUCUUGCCUCUUGUUCACCAUGCGGUGGCCUCGGUUACCCAUGCCCUCUGUGGGAAACGGGCUGCUGGCAGAGGCGCGUGGGCGAGAGGGCUUGUGGGCAGGAGCAGUGGGGGGCCGGGCGGGGACCUGUGCUGGAAGGUCCGGAAGGGAGGCGGUGCGGAGAGCCUGGGGGGCGUCUGCUUCCAGUGGGCAGCUUGACGGGGUGCACGGGCCUGGAACGGCCCCUCCCCAGUCCUGAUGGAGGCUCUGAGGAGUCUGUGCCGGGCUGUGGGGGGUGGGGGAGUGAGAGCCCCACAUUUGGACGUCUGGAGUGGUCGUGACUUUGCACCUGACACAAAUGCAGGUGAACUCAACUCCACAAAUAGAAAACGCGGGAGAACCCGAGGUGGGGUUCCGUCCGGGCCCGGGGUGUCCAGUGCUUUCUGACCCUCUUCCCAGCGGUCACAGGAGGCGGCCCCUCGUGCUUGUCGGCACGCCGGCCGGGAGAAGGGACUCGGUGCCCUGUGACUGCUGGGACAGUGGUCCUCUGUGGGCCCUCGGCCGGACUGGGGGCGAGGCUGUCCUCGGAGACCCGCCUUCCUGCAGCCCAGGUGCCUGCUGCGCUCUGAGGGCCAGCCAGCUCGCCUCCACCGCCCUCCCCUGUGCCCCCUCCUGAGUGGGGCGGGACCAGUUACGCAGGACCAGUCGCCGCGCAGAGGCGGGACUGUAGCUUCUUUGGAAACACUCGAGCGCCAGGGCUGCAGAGCCUCGGCCAGGCGUCCGACAGCCUGACAUGACGGCCUGGUCUCGGCACGGGUGUUCGCGUGGCAGUGACACAGUGGCCGAUAGCACCAGAGCACGUCUGCGCACGGCAGCUGCGCACUGCCCCCGGUCCUGGUGCUUAGCGGUGUCGCUAGCGGUACUCUUGGUUAGCGUUUUAGCUAGCAGCUUCGCCAGGCUGCGGCGGUGAGUGCUGGACUAGCUGCUGCGACAGAAAACGUGAACCCGCUAUGGAGGGAUUGGACUGGAAUUAGGAGCUUUUGGCGCUGUGAGGGCAGGGAUGGACGGAGGACAGCUGCCGGCUGUGUUGAUGCGUUCGACCUGCUUGCUGCUCCAGGGGAACCUAGUCUGCUGGGGAAAUAAGCUGUGACCACAGCUUUUUGUUUGUGUGGGUUUUAGGUUUUUAAAUUUAUUUUUAGAGAGAGAGGGAGGGAGGAGUAGCGAUGUGAGAGCAAAACAAGACAGGCUACCUCCUGCCCGUCCCUUCCUGUGGUCCUGUGGACCCACCAUGCAGACCUGUUCUGGCCACGCCUGCCCGACUGUCUCUGUUGGAACGUCGCCGCCGUGGGGUCUGCGCCACGUUCUUUGAGAUUGGCUUUCUCACGUGGCAGCUCCCGGGGUCCCUGGCCACUCCCAUUGCCGGGGAAGGGUGCGUGGUGUGGGCCCGGAGAACCCAGCCCCGCUGGGGCGAGCCUGUUCCGUGUUCAGCUCUGAGUCAGCUGCAGUGAACAUUGGUGUUCAUUCCCAGGUUAAAUGCCCACGGCCGCCUAAGUUUCACGGACACAGCAUGUUCGCCCGCGGGCUGAAGAGGAAGAGCGCGGACGGCGAGGACAGCCCGCCGGCGCCGCCCUCCUACAGCCUGCAGCGCCAGUCGCUGCUGGACAUGUCGCUGGUCAAGCUGCAGCUGUGCCACAUGCUGGUGGAGCCCAACCUCUGCCGCUCGGUGCUCAUCGCCAACACCGUGCGGCAGCUGCAGGAAGACCUGAGCCUGGACGCGGCCUGGCGGCUGCCGGCGCCCCCGGGCGCGGGGCGGGGGCCGCUGGAGCGCCUCGUCUCCACCGACAUCCUGUGUCGAAGCCCCUGGGAGCAGCAGGGCGGGCACUCUGCUCCUGACUCGGGGGGCAGCCCCGCGCCAGACCUCUGCGAACUGCCGGGGGCCCCGAGUGCGCAGGCGCCGAGGAGCGCCCCCGGCUGCGCGUGGGAGGCGGACCGCCCGCGGGGCGGCUUCCAGGCGUCGCUGGACCAGAUACUGGAGACCCUGGAGAGCAGGGCGCCCCGCGCGGCGGAAGGGCUGUUCGCGGACGUGGACGGGCCCUACUACGACCUGGACGCCGUGCUGACGGGCAUGGUGGGCGCCAAGGCGGUCCCUGGCGACGGGUUCGAGGCCUUGGCCUCCGCGGGCGCCCCGCCCCCCGGCUCCAGCUGCAAACGGGACCUGGGCGAGCUGGACCACGUGGUGGAGAUCCUGGUGGAGACCUGAGCCUGGCCCUGCCGCCCGCACUUGGCCGGCCCCGCCUGCCACGGGCAGCCGCUGUGUGCCCGCAGGACGGCCUGGCGCCCGCUGCUCGCCCUCCUCCGGCCGGGCUGGGCCGCACUCGGGGGCGGCUCCCGGAGGACCGGCCCAGCGACAGCGCCUGCGGUCCUGGGGGAAGUUUUAAAGACUGAGUUUUAUACGUUUUGGGCAACAUUUUGCUUAAGAUAUAUUUUGUAAACUUUUUAUUAUCUCUGGACUUUCCCAGCUAUUUUGUGAAAAGUAUAUUUUUUCUAUGAACGUCCUUUGCUGCUAAU